AUGUCAGAUCAUUCACCAUGCGCAAUUCUUCCAGAGUCUAUCGAACUUCCCCGCAUCACGUCUACAAAACAAGACUUAACACUCAAUUACUAUGGCCCCUUUGACGGCUCACUUGCUAUUGAGGCCUCGAAAUUCCUCGCUCGGAAUACCGACGCAGUAGAGCAGGACUUAGAACCCAAAACCAGGGCGUUCCUAGAGACCACACAAAACGAUUGUUCGGGCAACAUCGAAGAGAAAAAAGCAUGCUGGCUGACCAUCCGCAUCACAAAGCCUUGCAACGCAUUCAAAAUCCCCAGAUGGCAUCAAGAUGGCCCUAUGUUUCAGUAUGACAGAGGGCGCGAGGACGUCGUGAGGAGCAAGUAUGCGCUUACCUUACUCGGGCCAUCUACGCUCAUGCUUCAGCCGGACGAACAUGUCUUCAAGACGCAGCACGAAGCGGAAGCGCGGUAUUAUUGGUGGAGGAAUAAAAACGAUGGCCCUGAGCCCUCUGAAGACGAGAUGUACGACGCAGACGAUCUAUUGCGAGAGUCGCUUGGCACUGCAUUCAAAGACACUCCUAGAGUUCAGGUCGGACGCGGUCAAAUCGUUCGGUUCAGCUGGGGGAGGGAUGAUAGCCCUGUUCAUUCAGAGCCGGAUCUUGUCUCUGAUAGGGUAUUCAUGACUGUGCUGUAUGGAAGUGAAUCGGAAUUGCGAACCAUGAGUCAGUGGAGAGAGGCGCCAUACGGCGAAUAUUCUAAUCAGUAG